AUGCCUCCUAGCCAACCUCAGGGACAGGAUAAUAAGGAUAAUAAAGACAAAAAAGCCGAGCCGCCAAAGAAGAAGUGGGAGCCGCCUCUGCCGACGCGUGUUGGCAAGAAGAAAAGACGUGGACCAGCUACCGCCUCUAAACUACCCCCCGUCUUCCCUGCUACACGGUGCAGGCUUCGUCUACUUAAGAUGGACCGCAUUAAAGACUACCUGCUCCUAGAAGAGGAAUUCAUUCACAACCAAGAGCGUAUGAAGCCCGAAUCAUCUCGUGAGGAGAAGAAUCAGGAUGAAAGGUCUAAGGUGGAUGAUAUUAGGGGGACGCCGAUGAUGGUGGGCACGCUAGAGGAGAUUGUUGAUGAUGAUCACGCUAUCAUCAGUACUGCAAGUGGCCCGGAGUCCUACGUUUCGAUCAUGAGUUUCGUGGACAAGGACAGGAUCGAGCCUGGGUGUUCAGUCCUACUAAACCACAAGAACCAGGCGGUAGUCGGCGUACUGGAGGACGAUACCGAUCCUCUAGUUAGUGUCAUGAAGUUAGACAAGGCUCCCACGGAAAGCUACGCCGAUAUCGGUGGUCUCGAGAACCAGAUCCAAGAAAUCAAGGAAUCCGUCGAACUCCCACUAACACAUCCGGAGUUAUACGAGGAGAUGGGGAUCAAGCCGCCGAAGGGCGUCAUCCUUUACGGAGUUCCCGGAACAGGAAAGACCCUCCUUGCCAAGGCAGUCGCAAACCAAACGUCCGCAACAUUCUUGCGCGUGGUCGGUUCUGAGCUUAUCCAGAAGUAUCUUGGUGACGGUCCGAAGCUUGUUCGCGAACUCUUCCGUGUAGCCGAAGAACAUGCCCCAAGUAUUGUCUUCAUUGAUGAAAUUGAUGCUAUAGGUACCAAACGGUAUGAUUCAACAUCAGGUGGCGAGCGUGAAAUUCAAAGAACGAUGUUGGAACUACUUAACCAGCUUGAUGGCUUCGAUACUCGUGGCGACGUCAAAGUUAUCAUGGCCACAAAUAAGAUUGAGACGCUAGAUCCCGCACUUAUCCGACCAGGUCGUAUAGACCGAAAGAUUGAAUUCCCAUUGCCUGAUGUGAAGACCAAGCGGCAUAUCUUCCGAUUACAUACGUCACGCAUGAGCCUGAGCGAAGAUGUCGAUCUAGAAGAGUUCAUCAUGGCCAAGGAUGAUCUUUCCGGUGCUGAUAUCAAGGCCGUCUGUACAGAGGCUGGUAUGUUGGCUUUGCGAGAACGUCGGAUGCGGGUGACAAAAGCAGACUUCACUGCUGCGAGGGAAAAGGUUUUGUACAGGAAGAACGAAGGCACUCCCGAAGGCCUGUAUCUGUAG